AUGUGCGGUUUGAUAAAAGUCUUCGAAAUACCACAACUCGAUGAACAAGAGUUGAAAAGCAAAUUAGCCAGUGUGAGAUUUCCUAAUGAGUUCGCAGAUAGUGAACAGGUAGGUUGGCGAUGUGGUACACCCAGUUGGGCUGUCAAGGAACUCAUUUCUGCUUGGCGUCAUAACUUUGACUGGGAAAGGAAGAGACAAGAUUUAAGCAAACUACAACAUUACGUUACCGAGAUUCAAAAUUUAAACCUUCACUUUGUCCAUGAGCCAUCUCUAAGAAGUGAGGCAAUCCCAAUUAUUCUUAUUCACGGCUGGCCUUCCACGUUUUAUGAAUUUCACAAAUUGGUAGAGCCCUUGAAAAGUAGUGAAACUCAAGCCUUUCACGUUGUUUUGCCCAGUUUGCCGGGUUAUGGCUUUUCGGAGGCUCCGCGUUUGGAUGGUAGCUGCAGCUUGUUUGAAAUGGCUGCUAUGUUUCAUGAAUUAAUGCAACGAUUAGGCUAUGAAAAAUACAUGGUAUACGGAACCGAUUGGGGAGCUAUGAUAGGAACGCAGAUGGCCAAUGCCUAUCCUGAGCAUUGUAUGGGAUUUCUAACCAAUAUGCCCUCUGCAAUGCCUCCACUGCCUAACUUUAGAAAUCUGAUCACACGUCCUUACAGAGUUUUCUUAUUCAUCUUGUCUAUCUUCAUGGGUGUUGAAGCAAUUUAUGGCAAGGAUGAGUCAAAAAAUUUAAGCAAAAGGGCUUUUGCUAAUUGCGAUAAGGAUGAUAGUGCAGGCUACAGAGCUAUUCAGUCUACGAGGCCUUAUACUUUGGCGUAUGGGCUAACCGAUAGCCCAGUAGGACUGCUUGGAUGGAUGCUAGAACCUUACCAUGCUUGGAGUUAUUUCGACUCCGAAGAGCAAUAUGAGACACGUGCUUUGCCAUCAACUAUUACAGUUGAUGAAUUCCUAACUCAAGUUACCAUCUACUGGAUUACCAAUACAAUGUCUUCUUCUUAUCGUCUUUACUACGAGACUAAAAAGAACGAUUUAAAAUCAGUAAUCGAUCUGGGUAAAUCUUCCAUAAAAGUUCCUGUUGCUGUGUCUUACUUCGAAAACGAGGCAUUCAAGAUGCCCAAAGAUUGGCUGGAUGUUACUUUCAAAUUAGUGCAAUACAGAACCCAUAAAAAGGGCGGCCAUUUCCCUGCAUUAGAAGCGCCAGAGUUACUUCUUAAAGAUAUUUCAGAUUUUGCUGUGAAAAUUAAGCAAAAUAUUGAUGGUAAAAAGACUAAUUAA